UCUGUGUCUCUGAGUGGACUUCUGCUUAUUCUACUUCCUCUUUUUACACAAAGUGUGCAGGGAGAGACGGUGGACCUUAAAACCCUUGCCAAAAUUAUACAAUUCUUUGAGCAGAACUAUAAGAGAGUUGAUAGAGAUGGACAUGCUCGCCAGUAUGCCACGGCCAUCAACGUGCUGAAGAAACAAUGUCAAGUUGGCUUCAGUCCUUCACAGAACAACUUCCUGACUAAAGAGAUUGCAGGAAAUGUGAAAAAUGCCAUUGCUGACGAGAAAAAUGCACUAUACCAAGGUACACAGCUCAUCGCUGCAGGAACAAGGAAUAUGAAUAAAUACAAUAUGCAUUCAGAGUCUCUACUUCUGAAUCCUGCGGACAAGUCACCGAUGACAAACCUCUUGAAUAAAAAAAAAGACGACAGCUGCACCGUUUUCUACACCUUUGACUCUCCCUGUAGUAACACAUGUCUUAAUGAGAAAAGCGAUCACAACAUUAUAAAAGCUCUUGACAACUGGAAAAAACACAGCGGAAUUAAAGCUUUUGUCUUCAAGAAUUUCUGGAAGUUUGACAAAAAAGAUGAUCUUAAGAAAAAGUUUAAGGAGAUUGUUGCUCGUGUCCCCCUCUAUCGAUGUGUGAGUGAGAAUGUGUGUCAUGACUGCAAAGGGGAAGGUAACACUCCCAUAGACGAGCACUGUUUGCCUCUUGAAUAAAAGUAACAUGAGUAACAGUUUCAUUGUCCUCAUAUGAGAACAAAUUAACCUAUAGAAAAUGCCAUUUCACUCUGAAAUUAAAUAUGCUUACAUUAUCAUUUAAAAACUGUAAUAACUUAGUGCUUGAACAAAUAAAAUA